UUGAUUCUACUGCGGGGUGGUAAUGCAGUUGAUGCGGCUAUUUCAACAAUCUUCUGUCUAUCAGCCGCACUACCUCAUAGAGGAGGACUCGGUGGUGGAUUUAUGGCUACAAUCUACAGUGACUCAACCUGUACUACCUUAAACUCUAGAGAAACCUGUCCGUCAGCAGCCUCGGAAACAUAUUUUCUGAAUCGCCGCGAUGAAACCGUUGACCGAAAGCAGUCGCUGUUCCUGGAUUUCCUCAGCGGGCUCUAUAGAGCUUUUGAGGGUUUCGCGUCAAAGCGCCUGACAUGGCGACAACUGCUCACCCCUACUAUUGAGCUGUGUGUUCGUGGUCUCAAUUCGUCAACGAAACAACAAGAAAAGUUCCUCGCCAAAGGAAGCAAGAUGUUCUGUCCGCAACUCGCUAAUUUCCUCUCGGACAUUUGUGACUCUGAAAACCCUGUGGAAUAUUUUUAUCGAGGAGAAGGAUCCAUGAGGUUACUGAAAGCAAUUAAUGAAGAAGAAGCCUUCAUAAGCGCGCAGGACCUGGAUGACUUCGAGACUGAACGCCAGUAUGGGCUGCAGUCUCAUGUGGGCAGUGUGACACUUUGUGGGCCACAACCACCUUCGUUAUUCACUGUUGUCCAACUAGCAGUCAAAGCUAUGCAGAGUAGGCCAUUAGAAACACUUUAA